AUGACACGCCAGCCCCCAUCUAUCUCCGAGUCUGAUCAGCAACGGACUUCCGAUCUCUUGCCGAAGGAUUUACCCGACCGCCCCCGCGCUUUCAAACGCCUCGCGGACGAGCGUCACCCCCGCCUCCGCCGCGCGCUGCCCAAAGCCAUAUUCAACCAGAUUAGUCGAGAACACGAAGCAGGCGCCCUACACCAAUACACUACAGCCGAGCUCCAAGCCGUCAUCAAGCACGUCUCCACGCUCCCGCCCCCAUCCACUUCGCUCCCAACUAUCGACUGGGACGCCAUCGAGCAAGCUAAGCUCGCUGCACAUGACGAUCGCCAGCACUUCCAGGCUCAGCGAGACCAAGCCCGCGCUAGGCAAAACACGCACGCGAGCUCGUCAUCCAACCGCCCUCUAGCUGACCGACUCACUGCCACCCCCACCUACACUCCUAUCGCCCCGAAGCCCAUCACCAUUGACUUCUCCCGCUACAUGGCCGCCAACCUCGCUCGCAUCUUCGUGCCCAAGUUCGCCGCCACCCUCAAGCGCUUCAACGUCCUCAAAACGCUCGACUGCUCUGACGUCCUCACUAACGACAUCAGCACCGUCUUCAAACUCCGCGACCGCCUCGCUCACCUCGAUUGCACACUCAAAGACGUAUCUCGCGUCAUCAGUAUCAAGGAGUGGAACCGCUGGGAUUCAGGGUUAAAACAAAUCGGCGGGAUUUCAUUCAAAGGACUGCGGCGAAACCGAGUCCAAGUUUUUAAAGCACUUCGUGCAGUUUGGAACAAUGGGUAUUUUGAUUAG